GCGCAGAGCUGACCAAUCCUAAGAGAGCAAGGGCGGGGAAAAGAGUAGGGUUAAAAGAAAAAGAAAAAGCCUCGGCCGUAUUGGCUCUUCGGAUUGACCCUUAGAGGCGAAGUAUGGACGUGAGUGGAGGGCUGGAGAACUUCCCCGUGGCUGUGUGGCCGCGGCUGGAGGAGCCGCCGGCGUUCCAGUACAGCCCAGAUCAUGUAGCUGGAGAGGAAGGAGGACCAGACCCAUCUGAAGUCUCCCUUAAUGGCUGCAGCUGUCACUCCUCUUCCUGUCUUGCCUCCACGUGUUCCUGCCUUCAUUAUGGGGAAAACUAUAACAAUCAGUGCAUUAGCUGUGAAGGAAAUGAACUAGAUUUUUCGAAGCCUGUUUUUGAAUGCAACACUAUGUGCCACUGUGGAGAGUUGUGCCAAAACAGGGUGAUUCAAAGGGGCUUGCAAUUCCGGCUUGAAGUCUUCAAGACUGCCAAGAAAGGAUGGGGACUCCGCAAUCUGGAGUUUAUACCCAAAGGAAGAUUCGUUUGUGAAUACGCUGGGGAAAUACUCAACUUCGGAGAAGCAUGUAGAAGGAUACAAUCGCAGACAUCAAGCGAUUCAAAUUACAUUAUAGCAGUAAGAGAACACUUCUGCGAUGGACAGAUAAUGGAGACGUUUGUGGAUCCCACUUACAUUGGUAAUGUUGGUAGGUUCCUGAACCAUUCCUGUGAACCAAACCUCUUUAUGGUCCCUGUCCGAGUAGACUCAAUGGUACCUAAAUUGGCACUUUUUGCCAACCGUGAUAUUUGUGCCAAUGAAGAACUUUCAUAUGAUUAUUCAGGUAGGUACCAUAAUUCCUCGCCUGAGAAAGAUCAAGAAGAGCUGCAGCAAGUGGAAGUAUCUAAGAAACCCUGUUACUGUGGGGCCAAAUUAUGUGCAAAUUUUUUGCCUUAUGAUAGUUCAUUAUUCCACAAAGAUGACCUAAGAAGCCGUGCUGUAGAAACACUCUGAGAAUAGAACCAGUAGCAUGUAAUGCUGUAUAUAUAUCAAUUACAUUGCAAAAAUACUAAUGCCCUAUUCUGGUAUGAGGGAUCAGUGCAUGGAAUCAGCAUUCCACACAGGUAGAUGAUGGAGGUGUGUUUCCCUAUCUAACAUUGCAAUGCUGAUUGAAGUGGCUGGAUAUACCUUUUGAUGCACAUGGAACAUGUGACUUCCCAGGCCACUACUAGCUGUCACAUUUGACUAAUUGCACUCAGCCAUAGCUGGAUCAGGGCCUCUCUUCCUGAAAUAAUCCUUUGGGGACUUAAUGAACUUUCAAAAUAUAUUACUAUGGAAUGAAUGACUCACCAUAUUUAUAUCCAGAACCCAAACCUAGAAAUGGGACAUGAUGAUUUCAUUGAAACUUGCUUUUGUGUACAUGUGAUUAGCAGUACAUACGUAUAACCAGUAAUUUUCUGGUCUUGGAUUGUACAGCAAUAAGUUAUUCCCCUUCUA